ACGCGUUGUCGUACACGAAAUACACGAGUUCCUCAGCAUUCAAAUCACUGCAUGAAUAACUUAGUUGGUUAGGAAUGAAGCUGAUCACAAAUCUCCUACCAAACUUUUACUCUUGCAAUUCAUUCCGUCUACGUUCUUUUACCUAGUCCUUUAAUGCCGUUUGUUAUCAAAAUGCCGUAUAAACGCAGCCAUGGUAUCUGCAUAAUCAAACAUUAUUUUGAAUAGAUAGUUUGUCCUGGAAACCACCGUUCGAUGUAACCGUUUUUUAAACAUCACCAGUAAAAAGAAUUAUCAUACCGAAUAUUAUCCUCUUUUUCCAUUAAACAUAUCACGACUUCAAAAUCAUUCUUUUUCUUUUAAACAGUCUAAUCUGUACUGCUCAAAUAAAAUUCCAAUUUAUAAAUGGUUUUGGCGGCUAACUUCACGGAAGUGUUGUUUACAUGUUCUCUCAAAUUGGCGGUUCAAAUUGGCGGUUUCGUUUCUGCUCAGUCUCCUGUACCCGGUGUCCGCACUUACACGUGAUUUCUGAUAUAUUGUUAUUCUAAAUCAGUUCUGUUUUUAUUUUUCUAUUUUGAGUAUUAGUUGAUUUCGUUUCAAUGCCGAAAUAUGCGUUAUUGUUGGGAUCAGAUGACGCGUAUUAUGUGCGGAAAACCUCAUUUCUCAGGCAUCACAGUGGCUUAACGUACGAAAUAAAAAAACAACGUCUCAUGACGAAAUUGAUCUGCUUCCACGCAAAACGAAAAGUUCUUGUUGAGCUCCGCAAUAACCUUGUAUCAAUUCGACCAUCAUUGGAACUAUCACCUGCUGAAAUUACUUCUCAACCUGUUAAUAAUGAAGUCUCUAAUAUAAAUGAGACUAGGUCGAAUGGGGAACCAGUGGCCAUCGGAGAGGAGUCGAUAGAUCCGGGUCCAAUGAUUUGUGAUUUCACAUCAAGGGACAAUGAAAUUGAAAGCGAUUUUCUUGGGAAUGUUGGAAUAGAUACUUUCAUCAACGACCAACUGGGUUUCAAUGAAGCAGAUGAGUUGCAGCGAUGUGAUUCACCUGAAUACCCUGAUAAAAGCGAAAAAAACGCUUGUGAAGACGAACAAAAUGAUUCAAGUCGUACAGAAUCGAUGAAAUCUGUCGAACAGAAGGAAAUCACUCGGACUACGGCAAAACAACCUCAGUUCCUGGAAAAAUCGAAGAGUAAUGAAGAAAUUGAAAAUAAUUAUUCAACGAUCAGUGAAAACAACAGUUUCGUUGAUGAUGAAACAGACUUCAAUAAAGAAAAUGAACUGAAUAUCUCUCAGACGCGUCAUUGGCCAAAAAAUUAUUGCGAAAGCGUACACAAUGAUUCAAGAAGUUCAGAUGAGAACAACACCGAUGAUGUCCAAAUGGAUUCCCUUGAAGCUAGGGAAGGAAAUGAACCUAAUACCCCGCAGCCUGAUGAUUUAUCAAUAAGUAACAGCGAAUUUGACGAAAAUUUUCCAAGUAGGGCAGAAGUAGAUGCUCGACCAAACGUAACUGAAAACCGGUUUCCCAGAACUGUAUCGUCUGACUCCGAAUACAAUCCGGAUUCUGAUCUUGACGGAGUAUCGACCGACUCCGAAAACAAUGAAAAUGUUCAUGACGAAUUGAUGAACACGGCGAGUACUAAAGAAACAGCAGAUGAUUCAUUGGAUAGCACAACCAAGCAGACAAAUGUAUCCAAUGAUUUGGAAAAGUCACGAGAAGCCCCAAUCGAUCAGAAUUUUCCAUUCAAUGUUGCAGGCACAUCCGCGUGCAACCUGGGAAGUUUAAAAACUGAACUCUCGCGUGGGCCCAAGGGGGAUAACAAAAAAAAUGUUUGCCUCUAUUGUCAAAAACCCCAAUCUAAAAUCGCGCGGCAUUUAGAAUUGGUGCACGGAAAUGAAACGAAAGUAAAAGAAUUUAUAUCUCUGCCUCCAAAUAAUAAACAAAGAAAAAUGUUGAUUGGACUGAUACGAAAAAAAGGAAACUUCAUAAACAUCGAUAGAAAGAGAAACAACGAUGGGUUAAUAGUUCCAGUUCGACGACCUCGAGAUCCAACCAAGUGCAGCGGUGAAUAUUAUCGCCCUUGCCCAAAGUGCUUAGGGAUGUUUUCAAAGAAUAAUAUAAGACAUCACCUUUGCCAAAGUGACGUAACAACGACUAAAGGCAUAAUGCUGGAAGCAAGACGAGUCGCCGGGCAAGUCCACCCCGAGGCUUCGAAAAAAAUGCGCCAGGAGAUAUUGCCUCGUUUGCAGGACGGUCCAGUUAGCAAUGCUGUAAAAUUUGAUAAGCUUAUCGUGCUUUAUGGCAAUGAUAUGAGUAGUCGACACCGAAAACAAUACUUGGAGUCGAUGGUGCGAUCAGAAUUAAGGCUACUGGGACGGUUUUUACUCGUCAUGAAAAAAUUGGACAACACUAUCGUUGACUUGACUUCGGUAUUCGAUCCGAAGUACUGGAAACAAAUGCUCAAAGCUCUUGACAUCAUGGGUAAGCUUGAUCCGAAGAAAAAUAUAUAUGAAACACCGACCGUGCCAUUCCAGCUACAAAUAACUUUGAGGAAAGUUUGCGAUGUACUCAUACGAGAAACAAUUCAAGAUCACGAGGAGGUUAAAAAAAAAAAUGCCAAAGAUAUGUUAAAACUUAUGAAUCAAGGCUUCGUUAACACAGUCAACAAAACCGUGACUGAAUCCCAAGUCGAGCUAAGAAGACAAAAAUCAACCAAAUUGCCAUUAACGUCUGACAUUGAAAAACUUUCCACAUAUUUGGAGGCGAAAAUGGAUGAUUAUAGUAAGUUGUUGCAACAAUCAUUUUCAUCCGAAAAUUGGCGAACUUUGGCAGAAGUCACUCUUAUUUCCAUGUUGGUUUACAAUCGGAGACGUCCAGGAGAGCUCGAACGAAUGUUGAAAUUGGACUACGGAAAUCUGCAAGGAAUAAACGAAGACGAUGAAGAAUAUCAACAGCUUUCGCGUCAAGGUCAAACUUCCGCUCAUGAAUAUGCUCGACUUGAAAUACGAGGUAAAUUAAACCGUACGGUUCCCGUUUUACUUGAUCAACGCAUGAAGAAGUGCACAGAUCUGAUUUUAAAAUAUUCUAAAAGAGCGGGAGUUGGUUCGAAAAACCCACAUGUUUUUGGAAUUCCGAGUCAGGACAAACAUCGUUUUCCUUUUCUACGAGCCACCAUACUUUUACGCCGUUUUGCAACAGACUGUGGUGCGAAGAAACCAGAGUUGUUGCGAGCAACAAAUCUACGGAAACAUAUGGCAACAAAAUGUGCAAAUAUGAAUUUGGCAUCGAAAGAAACUAAUAAGGUUGCCCAUUUCUUGGGACACAAUCCUAACAUUCACACAAAUGUCUACCAGCAGCGAAAAACAUCGGAUAUCGUGGUGAUGUCGAACUUUCUCAAAACAGCACAAGGUCGCCCAAGUACUUUGGCUGACGAAAAAUCUCUCGAUUAUUCCACCGGUUUGGACACGACAGCUGAUACAAAUAUUUUAUCCUCCACGGUAGUCAACACAGACAUGAUAAAUGAGGCAGCGACGAACGAUUCCAAUGACUCAACUGAUUAUGAAGUUCCGGUUGUUUCCGACAUAACUGUAAAUAAUAAACGGACUCCCAAACGAAAACGAAAGAAAGGUGAACCUGCGAAACAUGCACCUCAGAAGAGACGGAGCAAUCAGAAAAAGAGAUGGAGUGAAGAGGAAAUUGCAGCUGUGAGUAAGCACUUCAAGAAGUAUUUGCAGUCCGGAACUCUGCCGUCCAUGAGUCUUAUCAAACAGUUCCAAAAAAUAAACAACACUUUGAAUGAACGAAAACCAGCAACAAUAAAAGUUUGGCUUCAUAAUCAAAUAAAAAAAAACAGACCUGGUAUUCUAGGCGGCGAAAUAACGGCUAGCGAAGAAUCUGACUGAAAAAUAUUUUUGUUACAAUUUUUUUAUUUUAUGGAGCCCGCUAAUUUCCCAAAGUUUAAUUUUUGAUUUUCGAAACUUUUUUAUAGCACGGUUCCUAUGGGUUACGGCCAAAAACGUUUUUGAUAUGAUAAAAGUUUUCUCUGAAAAAAAAAGAUUUUUUUACGUCUUAAAAUACGUAACAGUUCCUCGAUACAAACUUCUCAAUUGGAAUUGGGUAAAAAGACAAUUGUUCCCAAUCAGCAUUAUAAAUUAUAACUUUUAUAUGUGUAGAUAACGAAAAAUACUCGUGUGUACUACCUUGUUGCAGUAACCUAAAGAGAGUAUAUUUUUAUUACAAAACUGUUAUCGCUGUGAUAUUUUCGUAUAAAGCUACUAAUUUGUUGGACAAACACAGUAUUACUCGGUUUUGUAUGAUAAAACAGUGUAACUUUAAACUAAAGAAAGUACAUUUCAUAUGAAUUUUCAUGUAAGGGAGAAAGUGAUACUAAUUUGCUAAGAGAUCGGAAAGUUUUCGAUAAAAAAAAUGUGAUGAUAGUUAAGCUAACAAUAAUUUUGUUUAAAAAAAAACAAAGCUGUGAACAAAACGAAGUAUUAAUGUAAGUACGCGUUAAUAAAAAAAUUGGCAAUUU